UUCCAACUCUUCCUGUCCAUUGUUCCCAAUGAAUUGGGUUCUUCUACUGUUAAAGAUGGUUAGGUGGAGAAGGAAGAGCUCGGGAGCCAGUAAACGGAAAAGAUCGGCCGGAGAGAACGGGAGAGUGUUGCUUCAAGAACUCGUCGAAUGUUGCGACGGGAAAUCCAACCCGAUCAAAGCCUUCACGGCCGUCCAGAUCAUGGAAGCGACAGACAACUUCAGUCACGAGAAUCUCGUUCACUCGGACAGGUUCCAAUGCUACAGAGGCAUGCUCGAGGGGCGUCUCGUAAAGAUCAAGACCUGGCCGACAUAUGGAUGCCACCGGGACAAGGUCUGUCGGGAUAUAGCUGUUUCGUCGAUGGUGAGCGGCCACAAAAAUUUCCUCAAGCUGCUCGGGUGUUGCCUCGAGUUCGAUUAUCCAGUCCUGGUCUGCGAAUACUCGGAGGGUAUCGUUCAAAUCGUGCCUCCACCCGGGAUAGGUAAACGUUUAGAUCCGGCAUUGACGUGGAAAAUGAAGAUGAAGAUCGCUAAAGAGAUUGCCACCGCUGUCACUUACCUUCACACCACGUUCCCGAGGACCAUCGUCCACAAGAACUUGAAGCCAUGUAAGGUUUCCUUGGACGUGAAUGGAACCGCAAAGCUGAGCGAUUUCGCCAACUGUGUCUCCAUUCCGCUCGGAAAAUCGUUCGUGGAAGAUGAUAGAGUAGAGGGUACUUACGGUUUCGUCGAUCCAGACUACAUGUCAACCGGAACCGUGACAGAGAAAACCGAUGUCUACAGCUUCGGGGUGUUCAUGAGAGUUCUUCUGACAGGAAAAGCACCUUGCUGUAUCAACGAGCCGCUUGCAGAAUCUCUGUCCAAACUGGUUGAAGAUGACAGAAUCCUCGAGAUCGUGGACCCGACCAUGUUGCGGAAGAUGGGUUCGGUUUCAGGACGAGAACGGCGACAGAUGGAAGCUCUGGUUAUACUGUCAUUGAGAUGCACUGGACAUAGAGGGGAAGUUCCAAAGAUGAUUGAAGUGGCCAAGGAACUGAAAAUGAUCGAGAGAUAUAAUAUGAUUUGAAUAAACUUAUCAUUUAUUCCAGUAAAUAUAUAAUAUGAUCAUACAAAUGAAAAAUACAUCUAUGAAUUCA